CAUAACGUUGGAUGCCAACCGCCAAUACAAAUUUAAAGAAGAAAAAACAUGGCGGACAGCCACACAAUACACAAACAUUUCAAAGCAAGCAUGCUGUGUCGACGGAGCUAGCUAUCUGUUCGACCAUGCCCAUGUUAUUGGCUUAGAGGAAAAAGGAGGGAGCUGGUCGACUUCCCCUUGACGCAAUGAAAAAGGCGCACUUCUUUUGAGAGAACCAACUGAAUACACGUUUGAAGACUGUUAUGAUCUUUUAAGGUUUUUUAUUGCAUAUUAUGAUUAUUGUUUUUUGUCGCAUUCUCCAUUUCUAUACCCUACUAUUACAUAUUUGAAACCGUUAUAGCCUAGUAUUGCAUAUUUUAAACCGUUAUUUAUGAACACUUGUCAGUCCAAUGUAAACGUAGCUAAUGGUAGCUAGCAUGCAAACUUACAGUAACUGAGUUUAUGGCUAGCUUAAUUUAGAAGUCUAUUGGAUUGCCAGCUGAAAUAAUGUAGCUAGCUGGUGUGUAUGAAUAGUCAGCAAUCUGUUAUUCUAAACCAGUUAAGGAGAAAAAACAGAAAGGCUGCAAGGUUACUUUGUUGUUGAUAUAUCUUUAAAAGGUUAGUGUGUUUAGUGUGGCUACUUGGUAAAUAUGCAUUAAUUAGUCAAUUUGCCUUUAUCUGCUAUUAAUUUCAAUGUCCUGGCUGCAUGCAUUUUAUAAACACAGGAUUUGUGAGUAGCUGUGUUUUGAUGCUAAACAAAUCUAGUCUACUUUGAGGACCAAUAUAAUUUCAGCCACUUGUUUGUUUGUCUGACCUAAUGACCUAUGUGUCGUAGCCAACUUGUAGUUAACCUAGGCUCAGGGUUAGGGGCCAAAGCAUCUCAAGUCAAGGAUAGCCAGCCAGACAUCCCCUGCCUGGUCACCGUUGUAAAUAAGAUUUUGUUCUUAACUGACUAGCCUAGUUAAAUAAAGGUUAAAUAAAAGAAAAUUAAUUCAGUGUACUGUGUCAUAAACAACACUGACUUUAGAUAAUUUUUAAGAUCCGAAAAAGAUGGUGACCACUUGAAAUUAAUACCCUAUAUUGGCUAUAAUGUUACCCAUUCUGUUUCUCCAGUCUGGGUCCUCUUGUUUUGUCAAUACCCCAACGGGUGAGUUUUCUGAUUCUCCCAGAGCUGCUCUGUCAACAGUGAGCCCUGAGUGUGUUUGGGUGGGUGACUGAGGUCUGCUGACAGCUGGGGCCACCUCUUUGUUGUACCCUGUCGUCUGCCUCCAACGCCAACCCCCCUGCCUGGCUGACAGAAGGGGAGAGCGUUAAGCUCGAAUCCGUGGGGAAGUCAACCUGAGCAUCCACAAAUGAAAGAGUGGACUAUUGUGUCUUGAACUUAGUCAGUAUUACUGGAGCAUGAAGAAGCCAGUGGCACAAAAAGCUGUUGAGUGGAGAGAUGGCAGGCGGAUCAAGCAUGCCCGAAGUGGCCGUCCCUCCCGGGUCCCAUCGCAGUACCAAGGAGGGCACUUCAGUUGGGACAAAUACCUGAAGGAAACCGGUGCUAGUGCGGCACCUGCCCACUGCUUCAGACAGGGUGCAACACCUCCAGUGAAUGAGUUCAAGGUGGGCAUGAAGCUGGAGGCGCAGGACCCUCGGAAUACAACGUCAACCUGCAUUGCUACAGUGGUGGGCCUGACGGGAUCGCGGCUGCGUCUGCGACUUGACGGCUCCGACAACAAGAAUGACUUCUGGCGCCUGGUGGACUCGUCUGAAAUCCAGCCUAUCGGCAACUGCGAGAAGAACACGGGCAUGCUGCAGCCGCCAUUGGGCUUCCGCCUGAACGCAUCCUCCUGGCCCAUGUUCCUUCUAAAAACACUCAACGGAGCCGAAAUGGCCCCAGCACGCAUCUUUCACAAGCAGGAGCCCCCGGUCCCAGAGCAGAACUCCUUCCAGGUGGGCAUGAAGCUGGAGGCAGUGGACCGCAAGAACCCCCACUUCAUCUGCCCGGCCACGGUGGGGGCGCUGCGUGGCGUGGAGGUGCUCGUCACCUUCGACGGCUGGCGGGGUGCUUUCGACUACUACUGCCGCUACGACUCCCGGGACAUCUUCCCCGUGGGCUGGUGCUCUCUCACUGGGGACAACCUGCAGCCCCCCGGCACCAAAGCAGUGCUACCCAAGACCCUCGGUUGCCUUUCAGACGGUAGCGAGGGAACAGCCAUGCACCCCAUGCCAGGACAGCCGCCUGGCCAACGGGGACGCAAGCCAGGCUGCAGGAAAACCAAGCUGACAAGGCCCUUGGGCCAGAAGGGGGCCGGAGUAGGACCACAGGCCCCCCCGCCCGGAAAGGGACUGGAGCCUAUCAAGGUCCCCAAGAAGAGAGGCCCCAAACCGGGGAGUAAGUUGGGCUGGGCGAAGAGAGAAGGCUGGCUGGAGGGUGCCAUGGCAGGCCCAGGGCGACCCGUGUCCCGGCCCAGAGGGAGGCUGCCAGCCAACUGGGCCCAGAGGAUGGCAUUGCAGGAGGGACAAGUGGAGUCUAUCAAGAUCCCCAAAAAGAGAGGGCCCAAGCCCGGCAGCAAGAGAAAACAGCGGGUGGUGCCCAACCCCGUGCCCGUUUCCCCCAACAGCAGUAUGCCAGAGCCAGACACCAGCACAGUGCCCCUGGACAACACCACCAUCCCCAGCGCCGCCGUGCAUGCUGCCACAGUGUGUGUAUACCUGAACAAGUAUGGGAAGGUGGGACCCCACUUGGAUGGGCGGCGGGUGCAGCAGCUGCCCGACCACUUUGGUCCAGGCCGGGCUUCCUCGGUGCUACAGCAGUGUGUCCAGGCCUGUGUGGACUGUGCCCACAACCAGAGCUCUGUCUUCUCCUGCCUCAAGCCAGGUCACGGAGGAGAGGUCAUAUCAGCCCACUUUGACCAGCAGCACCAUACCCUCACCCUGCCCACGGUCAACAGCGUCACGCACGUCCUGCACUUCCUGGAGAAACUUUGUCACAACCUCUACUGUGACCCUCUGUUUGGGAGCCAGCCCAUCCCCAGAGGGGGCCUGCAUUACGACAGCCACGCCUACCCAGAAAGGAUAAGUUUUAAGGAGGGCCUCACAACGGGUCCAGGAAGAGGCUCCAAGCGGUUCCUUCAAGAAUCGUACUACAGCCCCCUCCCCCACAAGCUGGCCAAAAACCUCUGCCUCUCCUCGGAAGGUGAGCCCUUCCUCAUGGAGAAUGGUGUAGGGGGGUCGGAGCACUUAAAGAAGAGCCCCCUGUCCCCGGGCUUGACAGGGCAGCCUCUGGGCCUGCGGUUCCCCACCAAGUUGCUACAUCUCAACUCUUCAGGCUCUGAGCGUUUCAGAGAGAGCCCCCGGCCCAGUGGCCAGGACCCCAACCUGUGGACGGUAGAGGACGUCAUGCAGUUCAUCAGAGACAUAGACCCCCUACUGGCCCCCCACGCAGAUCUCUUCAGAAAACACGAGAUUGAUGGCAAAGCCCUCCUGUUACUACGCAGCGACAUGAUGAUGAAAUACAUGGGUUUGAAGCUCGGGCCUGCCCUCAAACUCACAUUCCACAUCGACAGGUUCAAACAUGGACGCCCUUAUUGAGCUCAUCGGCGUCCCCCCACCCCGCAACCCUGCUACUACUACUCACCCCCCUCCCCUCUACAGGAUAUAAUGCACUGCAUACUACUGGACUGACCAUCACAUGUAGCUUCCGCCACUAGGCUACGAUACCUAGUGUCAUAUAUCCCCCUCUCUUUCUUUGCCGCAUCGAAGAAGCCCUGUGGCGAACUUCUCUUAUUUCGAUUUUAUUUCUGUUGUGUGGCACAAUCCAGCCCUACGGCAGCAUGGGAUAUGCAGACUGACUGACUCGCCCACAUAUCCUCCUCAUCCAUCAUGUUACUCGCCUGUUUUUCUAUUCCAUAUUCUCUUACAACAACCGCUACCAAUGAUGCCCUCCCUGUGUGUUGCCAUUUUUUACUGUAAUGGCCAUUUUAGGCCAGAGUUUUUAUUACAUUGUUUCUUUUUGUUUGAUCAAGUACAUUUCUUUUUUGUACCCUCCCUGAAAAUAAGGACUUGCAUUAAGCCAUUUUCGCCUUUUUGUAUUAAAUAUGUAUACUGAACAAAAAUAUAAAUGCAACAUGUAAAGUGUUGGUCCCAUGUUUCAUGGGCUGAAAUAAAAGAUCCCAGAAAUGUUCCAUAUGCACAAAAGCUUAUUUCUCUCAAAUCCUUUUUAGUGAGCAUUUUUAAUUUGCCAAGAUAAUCCAUCCAGGUGUAGCAUAUCAAGAAGCUGAUUAAACAGCAUGAUCAUUACACAGGUGCACCUUGUGCUGAGGACAGUAAAAGGCCACUCUAAAAUGUGCUGUUUUGCCACAGAUGUCUCGUUUUGAGGGAGUGUUCAAUUGGCAUGCUGACUGCAGGAAUGUCCACCUAUAGCUGUUGCCAGAUAAUUGAAUGUUCAUUUCUCUACCAUACGCCGCCUCCAACGUCAUUUUAGAGAAUUUGUCAGUACGUCCAACCGGCUUCACAACCGCAGACCACAUGUAACCACGCCAGCCCAGGACCUCCACAUCUGACUUCUUCACCUGUGGGAUCGUCUGAGACCAGCCACCCAGACAGCUGAUGAAACUGUGGGUUUACACAACUGAAAGAAUUUCUGUACAUUCUGUCAGAAACCGUCUCAGGGAAGCUCAUCUUUGUGCUCAUCGUCCUCACCAGUGUCUUCACCUGACAGCAGUUAUGCACCGUAUCCGACUUCAGUAGGCAAAUGCUCACCUUUGAUGGUCACUAGCACGCUGGACAAGUGUGCUCUUCACAGAUGAAUCCCGGGUUUCAUCUGUACCGGGCAGAUGGCAGAUAGCGUGUGUGGUGUUGUGUGGGCGAGCGGUUUGCUGAUGUCAUUGUGAACAGAGUGCCCCACGGUAGCAUUGGGGUUAGGGUAUGGACAGGCAUAAGCUACGGACAACGAACACAAUUGCAUUUUAUCGUGACGAAAUCCUGAGUUCCAUUGUCAUGCCAUUCAUCCGCUGUCAUCACCAAUUGUGUUCGUUUCAGCAUGAUAAUGCACGGCCCCAUGUCGCAAAGAUAUGUACACAGUUCCUGGAAGAUGAAAAUGUCCCAGUUCUUCCAUGGUCUGCAUACUCACCAGACAUGUCACCCAUUGAGCAUGUUUGGGAUGCUCUGGAUUGACGUGUACGACACCAUGUUCCAGUUCCCACCAAUAUCCAGCAACUUUGCACAGCCAUUGAAGAGUGGGACAACAUUACACAAACCAUAAUCAACAGCUUGAUCAACUCUUUGCGAAGGAGAUGUCGCACGCUGCAUGAGGCAAAUGGUGGUCACACCAGAUACUGACUGGUUUUCUGAUCCACGCCUCUACCUUUUUUUAAGCUAUCUGUGUUGUCUUGUGUAAUCCAUAGAUUAGGGCUUUUCUUUAUAAGAACUGUAAAGUCUUUGAAAUUGUUGCAUGUUGCGUUUAUAUUUUUGUUCAGUGUAAUUAAUUCCAGCAAAAAAACACUAUGUUUCUCCCAGCUGUUUGGGAGUUGUUUGGAGGCAUGGUUUUCAAACAGUAUGACACACUACAUUAUCAAAACACAUUAUACUGUGCUGAAGAAAUACUGACAUGAUAAACUUGCUUUUAUCUUGUUAUGGAUGUUUACAAUGACUGUCGUUAUUUGUACUUUUUACAUUUUUAUACUAUAUUAUUAGAGUUCAUACAUUGAGAGCUUUAUCAUACGCAUUAAUGUUCAAUAAAUAUAUAAUAAAUGUUG